GUCAGAUUCGGAGUGGAGGGAGUGAGCCCGCGGCCUAGGAUGGACAGCCGUUUACAGGAGAUCAGAGAGCGUUCGAAACUGCGCCGGGAGCUGUUAGCCCAGCAGGUACUCGAUAAAACCUAGCUUUAGGACCUCAUCUGCCCUAUAUCUCCUUAUGUGGUUCUGUUUGAUGAUGCUCCUGUGAAGUGCUUUGUCUACUGUACUGAAGCUAGGAGCUGAAAGUGCAGACAACAUUGGGGCAGUCCUGAACAGCAAGGAAGAACAGAGGGAGAUUGCUGAAACCAGAGAAACCUGCAGGGCAACAUAUGACACAUCUGCACCAGCUGCCAAGCGUAAAUUUCCUGAAGAAGGGGAAGCUAGUGAAGAAGAAUUUGAAGAGUACAAAGAUGAAGUGGUGGAAGAAGAAGAAACAGAAAUGCAAUAUAAUGAGGAAAUCUAUAAGGAUUCCAGCACAUUCUUAAAGGGUACACAAAGCCUCAACCCACAUAAUGACUACUGCCAGCAUUUUGUGGACACAGGUCAUCGGCCCCAAAACUUUAUUCGUGAUGUUGGCCUGGCUGACAGAUUUGAAGAAUAUCCUAAACUCCGUGAACUGAUCAGACUGAAGGACGACCUAAUCUCCCAAACUAACACUCCCCCCAUGUAUUUACCAGCUGAUCUCGAGACAUUUGAUAUUAGAGACUUGAACUGCAAGUUUGAUGUUAUUUUGGUGGAGCCACCCUUGGAAGAAUACUACAGAGAAACUGGGGUAACAGCUGUUGAGAAGUGUUGGACGUGGGAUGAUAUCAUGAAGCUGGAAAUUGAAGAAAUUGCAGCUCCAAGAUCAUUUGUCUUUUUGUGGUGUGGCUCUGGGGAUGGUCUCGACCUUGGGAGAGUAUGCCUACGCAAGUGGGGGUUCAGGCGUUGUGAGGAUAUUUGCUGGAUCAAAACAAAUAAGAAUAAUCCGGGAAAAACCAAAACCCUGGACCCAAAGGCAGUCUUUCAGCGAACAAAGGAGCACUGCCUAAUGGGUAUCAAAGGAACAGUGCGUAGAAGUACAGAUGGUGAUUUUAUCCAUGCAAAUGUAGACAUUGAUCUUAUUAUUACAGAAGAGCCAGAGAUUGGGAACCUUGAAAAACCAGUGGAAAUAUUUCAUAUCAUUGAACACUUCUGUCUGGGACGAAGAAGGUUGCAUGUUUUUGGAAGGGAUAGCACAAUAAGACCAGGAUGGCUCACUGUGGGUCCUAGUCUUACAAAUAGUAACUUUAAUGCUGAAGUUUACAGCUCAUACUUUACUGGUACUAAUGUGCACCUGACUGGUUGUACGGAGGAGAUUGAGAGGCUUCGUCCCAAGUCUCCACCUCCAAAGUCGAAGUCUGAUAGAGGAGGUGGAGCUUCUAGAGGUGGCGGAAGAGGUGGGCUUUCAGCAGGACGUGGGGAGAGAGGAAGAGAAAGAAACAGAGGAAACUUCAGAGGAGAAAGAGGAGGAUUCCGAGGUCGAGGAGGUGCCCAUAGAGGAGGAUUUGCUCGGUGAUGACAGUUGUCUGUAGAAGUCUAAAGUAGAUUCAGUUGAAAUGACAAUGGGAAGCAGGAUUUCAGAAUCACUGUCUGAAAUAAUCGCUGCUUACUUUUCUACCUUUUUUGAUACAUCCUAUUUAACCAUGGAGUAUACUUCCAUAAGAACAAAAUGUACACAGGCAAUGUGUACACAAGAAAUAGUUGUGCAUUCUUGUCAUGAAAAACAUUUUGUAAUGAUCAAAGUACAGUGUGGUUGCCUUUAAAUCUGAUACCGUAAUUCAGGUUGUUUUCCAGUUCAAAACUCAUUGCAAAGUAUUUUAAAGCUGUAAUAUGUCAAUUCAAACUUGUAGUGUUUAAAAAGUUCAGAAGUUAAAUACAAUGUUUUGUUAGUUGUUUUGAAGCUAUUUGUAUUUUGCCCUUGUAUAUACUCUUGGUACAUUUAUUCUGCUGGAUCUUUUUAAUGACAUAAAUGUAGUGCAGAUUUCCCAGAAAAUGGAUGCUAAAUAAAAAGCAGCUCUCCAAGACCCACUCAAAGUGGAGAUCCUAAGGUCGGAUAACAAGCUGUCAACUUCAGUCUAAUCAUUGGAGCCAAGACCAUGUCCCUAUUCCACUAUGUGCUAUUAAAAUACACCAAGGUUAUUAUAACCCUUAGAGCCUGACAGCAAGCAAUAUAUAGGAAAAAUAUGAUCAGGUAAUAGCAGCUGUACACACCUUGUGUUUCAACUCUGACUAAAAUUUGAAUGCAUCCAUGCACAGUGAAAAUGAGUGCAUGAUACUAAGUCUGUGCCAUGCACUAUAAUGCUACCACUUUCAGAGCACCAGCUUAUAAGCAUACUUAAUGAGGGUUGAAGUUAGUUCUCACACAGCCCAUUAAAGAAAGAAACUAAAGCAGAAUGUUCUGCUUGUUUGAGGUGAUUGCUUCUGCAAUCUUGCAGCUUUUUCUAAAAUUCUGAAUCUUGCAUUUUCUACUACCAUUUCUUAAGAUUCACAGUAAUAUUUCAUCCAAAAUGAUCAAUAUACAACAUCUAGAAAGAAAUUGCAGGACAAGUAUACAUCUAGUAGUGACAAAUUGGGACACAACUGAUCAUUGUAGAGUGGAUGACAAUAAACAAAUUACUGGAAGAGAAAUUUCUAAGUGAGUAGCAAGAAGCCAUGGGACCAUAUAAAUUACUGAGCAAACGGCUUCAAAAGCUAUCAACUUCAAUUAACUUUACUUUCUAAGUAAAUCAUUCUGUCAGCCACAGAAGCAUGUACAUAUGUUAUGUUAAUGUCUUUUAGUAUAAGUUGAGCUUUUUUUUUUACAUACAUGUCUUAUUUUUUGUAUUUUUUUAACUAAAUGAGAAUGAAAAUUUUCAAGAACUGUGCCAGGUUAAAACUGAUUGCUCUGAUGCUCAAAUGCAUUUGAUGUCCUCAACUUUUGUGGAGAGACGUCACCAAGUCUGAAUGGAUUUCCCCUUAUACCCUAUCAGCAAGAAAAGCUGAUGGAUCAAGCUAUGUAGGCAACUUCUGACCUGUUAGCUAAGAAAAACAUGAUUAAAAUGAGUUUUGAUAUGCUUUGUUUGCAAGGGUGUUUUGUGUAUUGUGAAAUUGUUAGUUUGCCAUUUAAAUUGACGCUUUAAAUGUGAAUUUUGGCACUUGAAACAUUGUAUUUAAAUUCUUUAAGUACAGAGUGAAUUUAUGGUGUAUCAGUUUUAAAUGCAUGCUUUAAAUAUGCAGUUUGUGAUGAACUGUAAUUCCGUAUAAUCUAACCAGAUAAAAUUGUUUUACUACACCGAUAAGUUGCAGAUUAUUUUUUUAACAUGUUCAAGUUGAUUAACAGUUUUUCUUCAGUGCUGUUACAGGUGACAAAUACUUAGUGCAUGUUUUUAAAAACUGAAUAAAUUUUUUUCAAAAAAUUGA